GAGUUUAAGUGCGGAGCUCGAGGCCUGAUAGCCAGGCGCAGGUCAGGAUGGUGGACAGCAUUUACCGUACGCGCUCCCUGGGGGUUGCAGCAGAAGGUCUGCCGGACCAGUAUGCGGACGGGGAGGCCGCCCGCGUGUGGCAGCUGUACAUCGGGGACACGCGCAGCCGCACGGCAGAGUACAAGGCGUGGCUGCUUGGGCUGCUGCGCCAGCAUGGUUGCCAUCGGGUGUUGGACGUAGCCUGUGGCACAGGGGUGGACUCUAUUAUGCUGGUGGAGGAGGGCUUCAGUGUGACGAGUGUGGACGCCAGCGACAAGAUGCUCAAGUAUGCACUUAAGGAGCGCUGGAACAGGAGGAAGGAGCCAGCCUUUGACAAGUGGGUCAUUGAAGAAGCCAACUGGUUGACUCUAGACAAAGAUGUGCCAGCAGGAGAUGGCUUUGAUGCGGUCAUCUGCCUCGGGAACAGUUUUGCUCACCUGCCAGACUGCAAAGGUGACCAGAGUGAGCACCGGCUGGCGCUAAAGAACAUCGCAAGCAUGGUACGGCCUGGGGGCCUGCUGGUCAUCGAUCACCGCAACUACGACCACAUCCUCAGCACAGGCUGUGCUCCCCCAGGGAAGAACAUCUACUAUAAGAGUGAUCUGACCAAGGACAUCACAACGUCAGUGCUGGCAGUGAACAACAAAGCUCACAUGGUAACCCUGGACUACACAGUGCAGGUGCCAGGCUCUGGCAGAGAUGGCUCUGCUGGCUUCAGUAAGUUCCGGCUCUCUUACUACCCACACUGUUUGGCGUCCUUCACGGAGUUGCUCCAAGCAGCCUUCGGGGGCAAGUGCCAACACAGCGUCCUGGGCGACUUCAAGCCUUACAAGCCCAGCCAGGCCUACAUUCCCUGCUAUUUCAUCCACGUGCUCAAGAAGACAAACUGAAGGUGGCUCCUAUAAGCCCCCUGCCCAGGCAACGGCAGCCUCUAGGGUGGGACUAACUCACGUCCUCACCCGAGACCAACCCCUAACACGGAUACGGCGGCUGCACGCAGGGAUGCGGGCCCAGGCAAACGGGGACUCGGCAAUACAGUCUGUGCCUUUUUCAAUC